AUCAAAACUGUGUUUAAUAACUCAAAUCAUCGACCAAUGAGUGUCAUGAAUUACAGCCAGUCGACUAUUCGGGACAUCAACCGCAGGCUCAUUUACGACAGACUCAGGAAGGUCAGCAAUCCCUUCUCCAGGACCCCACUCAAGGCAGAUAAUAAAGAGUUUGAACAAUUAACAGCCAAUUUGGUCAAUUUUAAUGCCGUUCUCAAGAAUGGCCCCACUUCUAUUCAGUUCCCCGCCUCCCUCGAAAGGGAUAAGGCCCCCUUUCAAGGCACAUUCCUCACCGCAACCCCUCAUAAUGGCCAGACGGGCAGCAAAACUGGCCAAGAACCUACAAAGCCCAAGUCUGGCUCGAGGACACAUCCUGCCAAGGCCUCAGCAACCACAACUCUGUGGAAUAUGGAUAUUUGUUCAAUGCUGGGCACGUCCGACGAAAUACAACCCGAGCACGUUUCCCCAAAACCGAAAAUGGGGACUGAGAGGGCACCCCCGCCCAAGAAGGCAGUCCAUUCGAGGACUGAGACAAAAUGUGUCAAGACUGAUUAUUGUCCCAUCAAAGUGGAGGCGGCGAGAGGGGAGAGAUUCGGGGGAUAUGAGUCACUGGUGAGCAGACUGAAGAACAGGGGGCGAGGGGAGUUCAUAAACGGGGGGCCUGCGUGUGUUCCUGUGUGUCGGAGGGUGGAGAAGGUCAACUUUUACGGGGACUUGGCGGAGAAGCGACUGAACAGCCCUGCUUACCGUGAAUUCUACAGUGAGGCAGUGGGGAGUCUGCGGGACUGUCCAAUGGAGGAGGGGACGACCUGCGUGUUUGAGUUUGGCGGCCUGGUGCCCCCGCACGAGGAAGGUGUUGUGUGUGGUGAGUGUAGACGACUGCGGGGUGGAGAGACUGGUGGUGGCGCACUACCGGGAGAUGCAGUUCCCUGCCCUGCGGAGAGAGGAGGGAGUGUAUGUGCGACUGUCGGACAUGUCGAGUGACGCGGGGAAGGACACGCGGGGUCUGCAGAACAAGUGCAAGCGAAUGGACAUUGCUUUGUUGACAUGUACGGAUACUGAGCUUAACAUGCUCGUCCAUUUCGCCAACGUCCCUCAGACUAAGAGUCACCUCAUUAUAAGUCUGGUCGACGCACAGAGGCUGCUCGACUCGCUCUUUCUCGAAGGUCGUCGUAGGAGGA